AUGGCUUACAAGAAGCUCCUGGUACCAAUUCUGUUUGCAUUAUUAUGGUUCAUGGCCUCCACGGCCCGGCCAUUGCCAUUGGAUAACAAUCUCAGAGCCCGGCUAAAGCUAGACGUCGACGAAGAAGAGGGGGGAUCGUGCUGGGACUCGUUGUUUGAGCUGCAGUCGUGCACGGGGGAGGUGAUCUUGUUCUUCCUCAACGGGGAGACGUCGUAUAUUGGACCUAGCUGUUGCAGCGCCAUCCGGAUAAUUGAGAACCAGUGCUGGCCCGCCAUGCUUGGCUCCCUCGGCUUCUCCUCCCAAGAAGGCGAUGUCCUUCGUGGAUACUGCGAUGCAAAUGCCGCAGCCUCCGCCAGUGGCAGUGGCUCCUCCCACUAUUUCGGCCCUCCACCACCCACCUCUGCUGGCGGUGCCUCCACUAAUAUCCCCUAG